AUGGCCAAAGACGAGGAAAAAGUCGCUGUAGGUGAGGAUGUCCCUCCCUCCACUGAAAAUGCGCCUCUCGAAAAUACGACCAAGAGCCGUUGGGAGCGCAGCUGGCCGACCAUUGCAUGCGGCGCGGGUCUCUUCUCCGACGGCUAUCUCAACGGGGUCAUUGGCUCCGUCAACACCAUGCUCAGCAUGAUCUACGCCGACGCCUAUACUAAAUCAUCGGCCAGCAAGAACGUCUCGUCCAUCGCAUUCGCCGGUACCGUAGUUGGAAUGCUCUUUUUUGGUGUCCUGAGUGACCACUGGUCCAGAAAGGGCUCUCUUCUAGCUUCCACGCUCAUUCUAAUCCUGUUCGCCAUUCUCUCUACUGGCUCAUAUGGCUACCACGGAAGUGUCUAUGGUCUCUUCUCUGCCCUCGCCGCUUAUCGUUUCUUCUUGGGUAUUGGAAUCGGCGGAGAGUAUCCUGCGGGGUCUGUUGCUUGCGCAGAGAGCAGCGGCGAAUUGAAAAACGGUCACCGUAAUCGCUAG